AUUUCCUUUUUUCCAGUUGUCAUUCAUGCCUGGGUGAACGUCUUGUUUCUCUUUUCCUUUUCUCUGUUAUUCAUUUAUUUCAUCUUCCUCCUCCGCCUUACACCUCGAGAGAGACACUCCCCCGCCCCCACAUUGCUUUUGCACUUUUUGCGCAAUAGGGUCUCUCAAACAUGCAUUAUAUUCUUUUGGGUUUCCUUCUUUUGUCUCUUGGAAGCCUGACUUCCUUGGUCUUUUCAUCCACCGAUUCCCAAGAUGUUUCUGCCCUUAAUGUGAUGUUCAAAUACUUGAACUACCCUUCACAAUUGAGUGGCUGGAAAGCAAAUGGUGGUGAUCCUUGUGGUGAUUCUUGGGAGGGGAUCGGAUGCUCGGGCUCAUCUGUGACUGAAAUAAAGUUAUCAAACUAUGGACUCAGCGGACAAUUGGGCUACGAGCUGUCAAACAUGAAAUCUGUCCAGAGCUUUGUUUUGAGCAAGAACAGCCUCAGUGGUGAGAUACCAUAUCAGCUGCCUCCUAAUACCAUUCACAUAGACCUUUCAAACAAUGGCUUCACUGGUACAGUACCUUAUUCAAUAUCUCAGAUGACUGGCCUUCAAGACCUAGAUGUUAGCCAUAAUCAACUCAAUGGAGAGUUGAGUGAUAUGUUUGGAAGUCUUUCAAAACUUAAUUCAAUGGAUCUAUCCUUCAACCAACUUAAAGGCAAUCUACCUCUCAGUUUUACAAAUCUUACAAGUUUAACCUCAUUGCAUCUGGAAAACAAUAAACUCACUGGUUCUAUAAACGUCCUAAGAGCCCUUCCACUCAAUGAACUGAAUGUUGAGAACAACAGAUUUACUGGCUGGAUCCCUGAUGAGUUGAAGGAUAUCAAUAACCUACAAACUGGUGGGAAUUCUUGGUCAACUGUUCCAGCUCCUCCCCCUCCACCCGGUGUUCACCAUCAUUCUCAUAAUGAAGAUGAACAAAAGUCAGCCGAAGGUGGGCUGAAAUCUGCUGUGAGCGUAGUAAUCAUAGGGGCAACAUGUCUGGGUGUACUGCUUGUGGUUGCUCUUCUGAUUGCUCUAAUCUCAAGGAGAAAAUCAUCUCCCUCUUCACAUUUUCUUGACGAAGAGAUGGGAGACCAGCAUAAGGGAUUAACUUCUGGGAAAACACAGGAGUUCUCCACUGAGCUGUAUAAGGGCAUUUCAGAAGAUGAAAAAGAUCAUAAGCAAGUUGAUUCAACUACCUCAACUGCUAUCAAGUCUUUGCAACGAGCCCCUUCAAUGGGUCUUAAGACUUCACCUUCUGGUCGUGUUAGCUUCAGUGACAAUGAGUUUGCAAGCCAUUUGAUUGUCAGCAGAAGCACCUCUGUUCGUGCUGUACACUAUUCUUUGGCAGACUUACAGAGUGCUACUGCCUAUUUUGCAACAGGCCGCCUUCUGGGUGUGGGAUCUAUAGGACGUGUUUAUAGGGCUAAAUAUGAAGAUGGAAAGAUUUUAGCUGUGAAAAAGAUAGAUUCAUCUCUCUUCAAUGGCAGGCGCCCUGAUGAGUUCUCGGACAUUGUGGCAUCCAUCUCAAAGUUCAACCAUCCAAAUAUGGCUGGACUUGUUGGCUACUGUUCAGAACAGGGGCAAAACAUGUUAAUUUAUGAGUACUACAGGAAUGGCUCCCUUCAUGAUUUUCUCCACAAGUCACACGAUUUCAGUAAACCACUGACUUGGAACACCAGAGUGAGAAUUGCUUUGGGCACGGCCCGGGCCAUUGCGUAUCUCCAUGAAGUUUGUUCUCCUCCAUUAAUUCACAAGAACAUCAAGUCAUCUAAUAUUUUGCUUGAUGCUGAACUGAAUCCUCAUCUCUCUGACUACGGUUUGGCAAACUUUCAUGAGCGCACAAGCCAAAACCUAGGUGUGGGAUACAAUGCUCCAGAGUGUACAGACCCUUCAGCCUAUACACAAAAGAGUGACGUCUACAGUUUUGGAGUGGUGAUGUUGGAACUAUUAACCGGGCGGAUGCCUUUGGACAGUAACAAACCAAAAUCAGAACAGUGCCUGGUGCGAUGGGCUACUCCACAGCUACACGACAUUGAUGCAUUGGGAAGAAUGGUAGACCCUGCCUUGUGUGGACUAUAUCCUACCAAGGCUGUCUCACGAUUUGCUGAUAUUAUAGCACUCUGUGUACAGGUGGAGCCGGGAACCCGGCCUCCCACAUCACAGGUGGUGCGGGAAUUGUUGCUUUUGGUUCAGCAUACAAGCAUGCAGAUGAAAGAGGAACUUUCAUCUUCUCGUCGGACAGAAGACUCUGACUAUUAAUUGAUUUGUUCAGUUCAUUCUUCUAUUCGUAUACAUGUUAAUUAAACAGGUUAAUUUCAAUGAAGAAAAAGUAUGUUCCUUUUCAUUCUACUCCCUCCAUUAUUUUUAAUUAGUUGUCUUGUUGUUUCUCUACAAGUUUCAAAGUUUUUAAUUCAAUUAAGACAAUAUUCAAUU